UGAAUGGCAGCAUGGCGGGGGUUGCAUCGCCGCUUUGCGCCUAGGAUCAGGCCAGCAGCAUUCGCAUGGAGCGCGCGAUGGAGCUCCAAUGCAGCCAGUGCCGCCGCUAAGAACAUCGAUCUCAGCAAGUUCCCGGUGUCGCUGAUCAGGAAUUUCUCCAUCAUCGCACACAUUGACCAUGGCAAGUCGACCCUCGCGGAUCGAUUGCUGGAGCUCACCGGAACGAUACAGAAGGGUAAAGGCCAGCCGCAGUAUCUCGACAAGCUCCAGGUGGAACGGGAACGAGGUAUUACUGUGAAAGCACAGACUGCCACCAUGUUCUACGACCUCAAGAACGAAGAUGAUGGUUCUUCCGAGCAGUACCUUUUGAAUCUUAUCGACACACCGGGUCACGUCGACUUUAGCUACGAGGUUUCUCGAUCGCUCGCUGCUUGCCAAGGUGUGCUCCUGGUGGUGGACGCGACGCAGGGCAUUCAAGCACAGACAGUGGCCAACUUCUACUUGGCUUUCGAGGCCAACUUGACGAUCAUUCCUGUGAUCAACAAGAUCGACCAGGCGACUGCUGAUCCAGAGAGAGUGAAAGCGCAGCUCAAGACCAUGUUUGAUCUGGAACCCGAGGAUGCACUGCUUACCUCUGCAAAGACUGGGCAAGGACUCUCGGAGGUUUUACCGGCGGUCAUCAAACGAAUUCCUCCUCCGACUGGUAGAUGCCAUUUGCCACUGCGAAUGCUCAUCCUGGAUUCUUACUUCGAUGAGUACCGGGGUGUCAUUUGCAAUGGUGCCGUGGUGGACGGAUCCAUCAAGAAAGGUGACAGGAUAGCCUCGGUAGCGACCGGUCAGACUUAUGACGUUCUCGACACUGGAAUUCUACAUCCGGAGCUAACGUCGACUGGAAUGCUUCAAACCGGCCAAGUUGGAUACUUGAUUGCGGGGUUGAAAGCUACGCAAGAAGCACGGGUUGGAGAUACUAUGCAUCAUGCGAAUGUGUCUGUUGAAGCUCUUCCUGGUUUCAAGCCUGCGAAGCAUAUGGUUUUUGCUGGCAUUUAUCCGGCUGAUGGAUCAGAUUUCGAAGCUCUGGCUCAAGCCAUGGAACGGCUCACAUGCAACGAUGCUAGUGUUAGCGCUACCAAAGAAACGAGUGCUGCCUUGGGCAUUGGGUUCAGGUGUGGCUUCCUUGGACUUCUUCACAUGGAUGUGUUUCAUCAGCGGCUAGAGCAGGAAUUUGGAGCCCAAGUCAUAGCAACAGCUCCAACCGUGCCUUACAUUUUUGAGUUUCAAGAUGGGAGCAAACUAAAUGUCCAAAAUCCAGCGCUCUUACCUUCCCAGCCAGCUCAGAAAAUAGUUUCCGCUAUGGAACCAGUCGUGGUUGCGACGAUUAUUACACCUAGUGAGCAUGUUGGAGCUCUGAUCACUCUUUGUUCAGAUCGAAGGGGUGAACAGCUUGAGUUUUCCUACAUUGACAGCCAGCGGGCAUUACUAAAGUAUCGGCUUCCCUUGCGUGAAGUGGUCGUCGAUUUUUACAGUGUGCUCAAGAGUAUCACUUCUGGCUAUGCUUCCUUUGACUACGACGAUGACGGCUACCAGGAAGCGGACCUUGUGAAAGUCGACGUGCUGCUCAAUGGUCAGGCAGUGGACGCUCUUUCCACCAUAGUUCACCAGGCCAAAUCCGUGAGAACUGGUCGAGAGAUUGUGGACAAGCUAAAGAAAGUUCUUGACAGGCAAAUGUUCGAGGUAACGAUACAGGCAGCAGUAGGAAGCAAAGUUAUAGCUCGAGAAUCGAUUUCUGCUUUGAGGAAGAAUGUGUUGGCCAAGUGUUAUGGAGGGGACGUAACACGAAAGAGGAAAUUACUAGACAAGCAAAAGGAAGGGAAGAAGCGAAUGAAACGCUUUGGCUCGGUGGACAUACCACAAGAGGCAUUCCACGACCUCUUAAAGCAGUGAGAGAGCGCGAAACGCCGCCACGUGGCGGCAGGCAGUUGGAGCAGUAAAAUUUUGAAAUUUGUUAUCCCGCCGAGUUGGGCGGAGUUAAAAGCGC